UUCGGUAUCACGAGAUUUGAGAAAGCACCGCCCGCCGUUUUCACAGCCCCAGGCGCGUUGUCACACUACUCGUCGCGAGGGCAACAGCUCCAGAAAGAAGAUGGCUGGGCGUCUGUUAGCAGCGGUUGGGCCUUGGAGGCGGGCGGAACCCACCAGGAUUCAUAGAAGCCCUUCCGCCACCGUUGCACCGUCGCGCAGCCUUACAUUCACCCACUCUGGCGCCAUUUUGCCCAAGCCCGUGAAAAUGCCCUUUGGUCUUCUCCGUGUAUUUUCCGUUGUAAUUCCCUUCCUCUAUGUUGGGACGCAGAUCAGCAAGAGCUUUGCAGCUUUGCUUGAGGAACAUGAUAUCUUUGUGCCAGAGGAUGAUGACGAUGAUGACUAAUAGGAUUGCAAUGGAAGAAAGAAAUAGUUACAAGUUACUCUGAUAUCACUGUUGAAGCAUGAUCUCUUCUUUUACUUUGUAAAGAAGGCAGUUCAGAAAAACAUGUUAUUCCAGCAAGUGCUGUGUGUGCAUGUCAAAAUAAGGUUAACAUAUAUAUAAGUUGGUUCACCUGCACUUUACAUCAUCCUAAAAGACUACUUGAAGUUCCUGUUCCAGUGAGUACAGGGGAAAUGGAAGUAAUUUAGAUUGCAAAUAAAGCUAGACCAAGAGUUAUGUCUCUUCAUUGACUGAGUAUUGAAAUAUCAACACUGAUGUGCUCCUUAGCCAAAGCUCUCUCACUGAAAUGAACAAAAGUGAAUCAAAGCACACAAUCUCAUUAC